AGAAAGACAACCAACAAAUGGAGACGACAAACAAGACCAAAUUAACAUGGCCAACACCAAAAGUAACAACCAAGAACAAUUAUUAUUAUAAAAAUAAAAAUUCAAAAACCCUUUGAACUUUCAAGAAAACCCCAAGUACAAAAUGGAUCCCCUUUUCCAUUUCCAUUUGAAAGAAAAAAACAAUUUUUUUUUUUAACUUUAGUAUCAUGAAAAUCAGUCUCUUAGGAUUAUAAAUAAAAAAUCAAAAACCCUUUGAACUUUGAAAAAAACCCCAAGUAGAAAAUAGAUCCCCUUUUUCCAUUUCCAUUUGAAAAAAAUUAAAAGAACAAUCUUUUUAAACUUUUGUAUCAUGAGACUUAAAGGGGUUCUCUCUUUAUUGAUUUUCAAGUAGAAAAUAGAUUUCUUAUUUCCAUUUCAAUUUGAAAAAAAAAUUAAAAGAACUUUUUUCUUAAACUUUAGUAUCAUGAGAAUUAAAGGGGUUCUUUGUUUGUUGAUUUUCUUGUUAUGUAAUUGUUUUAUUGGAGCUUAUUCUUUGAAAUCUGAAGAAGCAUAUGUGACACUUUUGUAUGGUGACGAGUUCUUGCUUGGUGUUAGAGUUCUUGGAAAGUCAAUUAGAGAUACUGGAUCCACUAAAGAUAUGGUUGUUUUGGUUUCUGAUGGUGUUUCUGAAUAUGCCAAACAACUACUUAAGGCUGAUGGUUGGCUCGUGGAGAAAAUUAGUUUACUGGCAAAUCCAAAUCAAGUGAGACCAAAGAGGUUUUGGGGCGUCUACACAAAGCUAAAAGUGUUUAACAUGACCAAUUACAAGAAAGUGGUGUAUCUUGACGCUGAUACUAUUGUUGUUAAAAGCAUUGAAGAUCUGUUUAAAUGUGGGAAGUUUUGUGCAAAUUUAAAACAUUCUGAGAGACUAAAUUCUGGAGUCAUGGUGGUUGAGCCUUCCGAAAAAGUUUUUAAUGAUAUGAUGAGCAAGGUUACCACUUUGCCUUCUUACACCGGAGGUGAUCAAGGUUUUCUCAACUCCUACUAUAUUGGGUUUGCUAAUGCUCAUGUUUAUGAGCCAAAUUUGCCUCCAGAUGUCUUAAAUACCAGAAAGGUUCCUGAAAUGGAGAGACUUUCUACUCUUUACAAUGCAGAUGUUGGCCUUUACAUGCUUGCUAAUAAGUGGAUGGUUGAUGAAAAAGAACUCCGAGUUAUACAUUACACACUUGGCCCGCUUAAACCGUGGGAUUGGUGGACAUCUUGGCUGUUAAAACCUGUUGAUGUCUGGCAGAGGAAGAAUUUCUGGACUUGUCUAUACCAGAUUGUGUCGACUCACAUAUGUUAUGCUAUGCUGCAGAAUGUCAGGGUACAGCUUCAAGAAUCUUUACCUGGAACUGGAGGAGGCAAAAAUUCCAGAGAUGAACUUAUUGUCAAAUUUCUUUAUUUGCUUCCAUUACUUCUGAUAGCAUUUUGUUACUAUCGGUCCUUUUUACAGACACAAUCACUAUGGCAUCAUAUUAGACAACUGUACUACAAGGUCAGAGGCGGUGUCCUAGCUUAUGCCUCUGUUCCUCCAUCUGCCAUCAGCUCCAGCCAGCAGUCUCCAAAUGGUGUGCAGUUGAAGGUGCCUGCCUAUCUCGGUGCUAUAUCUAUCUGCGUUUGUUUUGCUGCUGCUCUGGUGUCGCUUGGCUUUCCACUUUUAAUCAUUCCGCGCCAAGUAUUGCCAUGGACUGGUCUCCUUUUAAUGUACGAGUGGACAUUUACACUUUUCUUCCUCUUGUUUGGAAGUUAUUUGCACUUAGUGUAUCAGUGGGGAAGGGUUACAGCAAAUCAAUCUGGACAAUUUCUGGCUCAUCAACGGCAGCAAUCAUGUUGUGACAAUGCAGCGUGGUACUAUGGGUUGGGGAUGGCAUUUCUUGCUAUCGCAGCCCCUGCAUUGCCUGGCGUUUUUGGAGUCACUUCUUUGUUUUUGAGGUUAGGAUUGAUGGUGGUAGGUGGCCUUAUUUUGGCAUCCUUCAUGACAUACGCUUCCGAGCAUCUAUCAAUUAGAUCGUUUGCGAGGGGCUACGAAGAAAGGAACACACCAAGGAGUAGGAGUAUAUGUUUCUUAUGCUGAUCAUGUCAAUAUUGUGGUUUCAGCUAACGACAGGCAAUCAUCUUCUUUUAUCUUAUUUAUAGAAUUGUUUUGAGAUAUUCUUCCCAGUGAGAUUAUAUGUAGAAAUAUGCUGGGAAAUUUUUGGUUUCUAAUAUAUUCAUUCCAGAAGGUUGAUGUGUAAUUCUUUUGUAAGGUUAAAAGGUCUAUGUUGUCUGUAUAUGCUCCUUAGAUUUUAAUUCAUGACAAUAUUCUCUCAAUUUUAACUGAUGACAUAGACGUGGAUGAGGAUCAUCCAAUCAAUUUUCAAA